AUGAGUGAUCGCUGCUCAGAUCCCCACUCUCCUUUGCCACAGUAUAUUCCAGGAUCCCAGCUAGGGAAUGGUGCCCCUGCUAUAGACAGGUCCUCAGAGUCUGACCCAACCGGUUCCGUUGCAGUGAGAUCGGCUGGCAGUGACAGGGAUGUACUGUGUGUUACUGAAGAGGACCUGGCUGGGGAGGACGAGGACAUGGCAUCCUUCCCAUGCACCCAAGAAGGCUCGCCAGGACCCCGCUGCAGCCGGUGUCAGAAGAACCUGUCUUUGCACACGUCGGUGAGGAUUCUGUACCUCUUCCUGGCUCUGCUUCUGGUGGCUGUGGCUGUGCUGGCCUCUCUGGUUUUCAGGAAGGUGGACUCUCUCGCAGAAGACAUCUCCUUGGCCCAGUCCAUCUAUAAUAAGAAGCUUGUGUCGAUGCAAGAAAAUCUUCAAGGACUGGACCCAAAAGCCCUGAACAAUUGCUCCUUUUGCCGUGAGGCUGAGCAGCUGGGGCAGGAGAUCAGGAAGCUCCAAGAGGAGCUGGAGGGGCUUCAGAAGAUGCUGCUGGCCCAGGAGGUCCAGCUGGACCAGACCUCCAAGGCCCAUGAGCUGCUCUCCACCACAAGCAGUCAAAUCUCCCAGGAGAUGGGCAGUUGUUCCUUCUCCAUCCACCAGGUAAAUCAGUCCCUGGGACUCUUCCUGGCACAGGUGAGGGGCUGGCAGGCCACCACAGCAGGCAUGGACACCACCCUGAAAGACCUCACCCAGGAGUGCUAUGAUGUCAGGGCUGCUGUCCACCAGAUCAACUUCACAGUGGGCCAGACAGCUGAGUGGAUCCAUGGGAUCCAGCGGAAGACAGACGAGGAGACCCUGACCCUACAGAAGAUGGUCACAGACUGGCAGAACUACACCAGGCUCUUUGGGGGUCUGCGCAGCACUUCCGCCAAGACUGGAGAAAUGAUUAAGACCAUUCAGGCUACCUUGGGGGCGUCCUCGCAGCGCAUCAGCCAGAAUUCUGAGAGCAUGCAUGACCUGGUGUUGCAGGUCAUGGGCCUUCAGCUACAGCUGGACAACAUCUCCUCCUUUUUGGAUGAUCAUGAGGAGAACAUGCAUGAUCUCCAAUACCACACCCGAUAUGCCCAGAACCGCACAGUGGAGAGAUUCGAGUCUCUUGAAGGACGCAUGGCUUCUCACGAGAUCGAAAUUGGCACCAUCUUCACCAAUAUCAAUGCCACCGACAACCACGUGCACAGCAUGCUCAAGUACCUGGAUGACGUGCGGCUGUCCUGCACACUGGGCUUCCAUACCCAUGCUGAGGAACUCUACUACCUAAAUAAGUCCGUCUCCCUCAUGCUGGGCACCACAGACCUGCUCAGGGAGCGCUUUGGUCUGCUCAGUGCGCGGCUGGACUUCAAUGUCCGAAACCUCUCCAUGAUCAUGGAGGAGAUGAAGGCCGUGGACACACAGCAUGGAGAAAUCCUUCGGAAUGUCACCAUCCUGCGAGGUGUCCCCGGCCCUCCAGGACCAAGAGGACUCAAAGGAGAUGCAGGCACAAAAGGACCUCUUGGUAGCAGAGGACCUAAAGGGGAUUCUGGCAGCCUGGGGCCCCCAGGACCACAGGGUCCUCAGGGGCAGCCUGGAGAGCCAGGACCUGUGGGAGAAAGAGGGCCAACUGGCCCCCGCGGCUUUCAAGGAUUCAAAGGCGCAAAGGGUAGCUACGGCACUGGAGGGCCAAGGGGGCAGCCAGGCCCCAAAGGAGAUGUGGGGCCCCCAGGGCCAGACGGGCCCCCAGGGUCUCCAGGACCCUCAGGGCCUCAGGGAAAACCAGGGAUUUCAGGAAAGACGGGCUCACCAGGCCAACGGGGGGCCACAGGGCCUAAGGGUGAACCAGGCAUCCAGGGUCCCCCUGGAUUACCUGGGCCUCCAGGCCCUCCAGGGAACCAGAGCCCCUACUGA